AUGUCUCAAUCAUUGUCGAUUCACUAAGAAUUGAGAAAGCAAUUUGUUCUAUAGCAAGUUUCCAACCUAGAGUCAUAAUUAACUAAAUGGGUUUCACAUAAUUGUCCUAAUGAGGAUAUAUUACAAUCUCAUUCUGACGAAGCUCAUUCUUAAAGUUAAACCCACACCAAUGUACUGCAUUUUUAAGGUCUUCUCAUGUACCUUAAAUCAUUAAGUGAAAAUCCUUCUCAAUUGGAAUUUCAUACAUUAAAAUCAUUACAACAGUAUUUUGAUUACAUGUCCCAAAUCUUGUAGAAUGAACUAAAGUUAUCCUAAUAAAGAUAAACCAUGAAAAUUAAUGAUAAGACUAUUGAAAAAAAGAGUCAAAAGUUUUCUAAGAAGUCUAACUUAAUUUUAAAAAAUUGGUUAAAUAAACACUAUUCCUAUCCUUAUCCUAGUAAGGAAUAGGUCGAACAAUUAGCUGAAAAGUGUAAUCUAACCUAAAAACAAAUUUAAAUUUGGUUUAUAAACGCAAGAGGAAGAAUAGGAAACAAAAUGUAUGAGGAGAAGAAGUUUAAAAAUAUUGUCAAAUCCAAAUAUUUAUCUUUGAACUCUAACAAACCUAGUCAAGAAAAGUUAGAGAUUAGUCAAAGUGAUUCAUGA